GUAACGGGAGAUUAGCAGUUCUAAACUAUCAGUCUAACUGAAAACAUAAUUAUCUCCUCGAGUGUGAUACAAAGUGCCAAGUGUGUCGAAGUGAAAAUGACAUCCCUACAGCUAAUGCAGAAUUCCCGUGAAAUUUGUCGCAUGUCAUGGUUCCUCAUCGAAAUGGACGAGGGCCAGUCGAAGGGGGGCAAGGAGAAUGGCCGCAUAGUCUACGGCGUCAUACACUCCAUUGAUUUGGUGGACAAUGAUUCCAGCAAUAUGUAUAUAAAUCGUCGGGUGCGCUUCAAUUGGAAUCAUGCCAUCAUCGAGGGCCGCGUUAAAUUGGCCUCGGAUGAUCGCUACUUCAUCGAACAACAGUUCAAGACAUUGACGAAAAACAACGAGGAGGUGAUCUUAAAACAGAGAUUAUCCAAACGUUAUUUGGUCCAGUUCAACAAGGGAGCCAACACCAUUGUCCAUGCCAUUGUACAUCAAAAGGAGAUUGUUUGGCCCAAGGAGGAUUUUCAUAAUUCCACAAUACGAGAGGUAUUGAUUCGGGAUGGUAAAAUUCAGAGAAUGGCAACGGUGUUGCAUGUGAGUGAAUCGGAUGAUUUGAUACAAAAAGAAUUGGAUAUGCUCAAGGCUAGAUGUUUUGAGGGGGCCUUUGAAGAGCCAUAUGAUAACGUUGACAUUGAAGAGACCCCGUGGCUAUUUGUCCAGUACAGUAGUGGACCAAGUAAUGUCAGCUAUUCCAUUAUAAAUAUUUGUGGCACGGUGUGGCAGGAGGACAAUCUGUACCGCAAUGUUGUGGCCUACAUUAAGGAAGGAGAAGCUGUUUAUCAGGCCAUUAUCAUACGCAAAUCCAAAGAUCGCAAUAAAUUAGAUGCUGAAUUGCGUUCCAUGAAAGAUUGCUGUCUGACCACCGACUUUCCCAUCAGCGGCACCAGUUGUUUCAAGGUUUCACUACCACCGUUGGAUCAUCAGGGCCUGUGCGCCAAACCAGUUACAAUAUUGCCAAUGAAACGUGACAAAUGUCAAAUCAUAAGACACUAGGUGACAUCAAAACUUGAAAAAAAGAAGAUGUAGAUGUGUAAAACGAAGAGAUAAGCCAAAAUUGUGUGACAAUAUAAAACAAAGAUUGUGUAUUCAAAAUAUAGUUUAAGUGUUAUUUCAAAUAAAUAUCUGAAAGAUGAAA